CCUGUGCUCAUGUAGUAUUUGAAGCGUGUUGCUACGUGGUUUGUGUUCCUGAUGAUCACGUCACGCAGGACAUCUGCUGUCCACGAGGAGCUGCAGCACAAACACAAACUGCCACACUCCAAACAAGUUCUCUUUUUAGAGGGGCACGGCAAAGGAAUAUUUGAAGCAUUUGCCUCUUUUCAGGGGCCUACUGGUCAUUUCUGCUGAGUUUCUAGAUGCAUGGUCCUUGUGUUAGCGCAAAGAUUUUGGCUGCGGCAGCAGUGGCACGCUGACCUCCUGCAGGGCAUGCACAGCUCUUUGGCGGGCUGCUUACUUCCUAGCAGAGGGGCUGCUGGCAGGGGCCGCGCCUGAGCAGGUCAUGAAGCCUCUGAAGGCGGAGCUCGUCACCGAAAUCUCCAAGCUCCAAAGCAUGGUCUCUGAGCUGAGGACGGGCUUGACAGGGGCCCUCCUGGAUCUGGCCCACAUCCAGCACGGAGACUCGUUCCUGCGUGAGGAACUGGAGGAGAACAGGCGGCGUUGUCAGGAGAAAGCCGUGCGCUUGGAGGCUCUGGUGGAGUUGCUGCGGGAGGAGCUCGCUGUGAUGCGCUGCCAGGUGUUGCAGCUGUGCAGCGACGGACGGCGACCUCCGCAGGACCAAAACAGCUCUGCGGCCAAAGAAACACACAGCAAUCCAGCUGGUGGGCGGAGCCAGUGUGAGUGCGCGUCUGCAGGAGCAGCGUGGUCGUCGGAGGCUCCAUUCAGAGGCAAAGUCCUCCUCCACUGCUUCCUGCAAGGCCUCAAAGCUGGUCUCACAGAAGGAACAGAUGCUCGACACCAGGUGGCGCUGCAGCUCCUCCACUCCGAAUGGGAGUACGUGUCCACGUUGAACUCGCUGUACGACGAAUAUAAGCGGAUGACGUCCGAAGCACAUGAGACGUUUGUCAAGUUUGUGGAGAAGCUGCUGCAGCGCCACCUGCUGUUCAGGAACACCCUGCAGGAGCGACUGUCCGCAGAACACUGGAAGUCUCUGGUGGGAGACAUCCUGGUGCAGCUCGUCGGACAAAACGACACUUCUUUCUCGGACAUGUACGUCGGAUACACGAGCACGCUGGCGUCCUUCCUCUCGCUGGAGAUGAGCAGACUGAGUUCUCCUCCUGAAAAGAGACAGGAGAAGCAGAGCGGCCGAGUGGGGAAAGAGCAAAUCAAAGUCCUUUCGCUUCUUCUGUCGCCCGUCUCUCGCGUCCACUGCUACCUGAGUCACAUCCAGAACUUGCUGCAGUGGACGAGUAAAGAGCAUCCUGACUGCCGCCUCCUGCUGGGCACCGAGCGAGCGCUCAGGGAUGUUUUGUGUCGCUGUCACGUGAUCCUGGAGGAAGACGUGCGGUGGGAUGACACAGAGGGACAACGCCGCUGGGACGCCACAGCUAGUGGAUCAUCUGGCAACAUUUGCAGCAGUGCCCCUCAGAGGGGGGAAGGAGAAACUGCAGCUCAGGGGGAGUCUUUGGGCCUCACCAACGAGUCUGGCGUUCGCCACUCGCUGCGUCUGGAGUGCUGGUCCUGCAGCCCGGUGAGGAGGAAGACCUGCCUGGAGCGUCUCCGACCGCCCGGGAACUCCCUCCUCCUCACUCCAGACACCCCAGGAUGGGGCGAGACCAGCGACUCGGGCCAGGGCACCUUCAGCCAGCACACUGGGAAAGAAGCGUCAGAGCUGGAGGCCCACCACGGCAACCCGAACCCGGAGGAGCACACAACAGACGCAGAUACCUCGGCCUUGGAUGACUCAUCGCUGACGUCCUGCAGCCCUGAUGGCGCCCUGUGCAGGGAGGCGCCAGAGGACGAGGAGGACAACCAGGUCCCGGUCCUCCUGAAGCCUCGGCAGCAUUCAGAGAGGAGCGUUUGUCUCAGGUGGCAGAUUCCCAGAUUGACCCCUCACCCCCCGCUGAGGAAUUCUACCAGGACGUGCACGGGUGGGCCGAGCCUUUUCACCUCCUGCCUGGCCAGCAAGAGGCUGGUGAGCGUCAGGACGGGCUCUCCUCCUCUCCACGCCAACAGCGCUUUCAGGCCCAUCUGGGACAACCCGUCUAAACAGGCCAACCUGGCUCCAGAGAAGGACCACAGGCAAGGCUUCAUCCCGGUCCAGACGUCCUCCAGGCAGAACUUUGUGGCCGUGAGGGACAACCUGAGACUGGGACCAGGCCUGCUGGCUCAACCCAACUUCUCUGUGGCGCCACCUAGUGGAGCCUUGUGGGACGACAGCGAGGAGAGCGAUGGACCCUGCAGCACCGUUUGAGUUGUGACUCGUCAAAACGUCCACAAGCUGGACUGCAAAAACCUUCAUUAACUCAACAUUUCCUCAAAUAAUGGACCAUCGUGGCAUCCGUAAAGCUGAAGUAUACCGUAAAGUGUUGGGAAGAGGAUUUAAAACAAGCAGACGAAAAAUGUUGCAUUUCUUCAAAGGUCAGCCUCGGUCAAGUAGACACCGUGCCCCAAUGAACUGCCAGAGACAUUAACACUUGGCAUCUGUAAAGCUGACAUUUUAUAUUACCUUAAUUUUCCUUUGGAAAGGACCUGGGACAAAAACAAACCAUUGCAUUUCUUCCAAAGGGAGCCUCCGCUCUAUAACAGAUGCCACACCUCAGUUAAAUCACCAUAGACAUUAUUACAUUUUUAACAGAUGGCAUCUGUAAAGCUGAAGUUUAUGUUGACCUUUAAGCUGGACUAAAAACAACAACUAGAGUCAAAAAUACUGCAAUUCCUCCAGUGGUGGCCUCCACUCAAAUAGACGCCGCACCUCCAUUAGUCACCAUAGACUUUCUUAACAGAUGGCAUCUGUAAAGCUGAAGUUUAAGACGACCUUUAAACUGAAGGACAAAGUACUGCAUUUUCUCCAGUAGUUCACACGUGGCAACUGUAAAGCUGAUGUUUACGGCAAGGGUUAUUCUGACGUGUCAUUUCUUUGGGGAAGAAUGAAAGCAAACCUUGGACAAAAAACAAAAAAAGUAGCGGCGGCAUCCACUCGAUUCACCCAUCCACUUGUAGACGUUGAUAACAUGUGGCAUCUGUAAAGCUGAACUUCACUGACUCAAAAGCUGCUAAACAUGGACCAACUUGUGGUCAUGAUGUAAUACACAAUAUUGUAAGAAAUAUGUACCCCGCCUGUUGCCCGAAGUCAGCUGGGAUAGGCUCCAGCAUGCUCCCACGACCCUAAAGAGGAUAAGCGGUAUAGAAAAUGGAUGGAUGGAUGGAUGGAUGUAACAAAUAUAUAUCACAGUUAUCCCUCGUUUCCAUCCAUCCACCCAUUUUCAUUUUAAGGUCGCGGGGGCAUGCUGGAGCGUAUCACAGCUGACUUCGGGUGACAGGCGGGGUACACCCUGGACUGGUGGCCAGCCAAUGGCAGGGCACAUAUAGACAAACACUCACAUUCAUACCUAUGGACAAUUUAAGAGUCUCCAAUGAAGCUAACAUGCAUGUUUUUGGAAUGUGGGAGGAAACCGGAGUACCCAGAAAACCCCCACACACACGGGGAGAACAUGCAAACUCCACACAGCCUAGGGGAGAUUCGUAAAUUCCUUAUUUGUAAAUAGAAUAUUUUGGUAGUUGGAGCAUAGAAAACCUGAUUACGGCCUUCUAAAUAGGUUUGUUUUUUAACAUUACUAGAGUCCUCUGGACAUGAAGUAACACCCCUAUUGUCACCUUCACACUCCAGUUACCCAAUAUGGUAGAUAAAAUACAAGAAAAUAAGACAUUUAAGACAUAAUAUAGACUCACAUUUGUUUACAUUGUGAAAGUUCUUUUACUUGGUCAUUUCGUACAGUACUUCCUGCGGUGGCUGUCUCGUUGUCUCAUCCAUGCAACAUUACUGACCCCUAGUGACCAGUGCAGACUACUGCAUAUCAUCCCGACAUCUUUGGAAGCACUGCGAGACAGUGACCUUGAGCAAGUAAACACUCCCCCAUCUUAGUAACCAUGGAUAAGUGGAAUGGGCGACAGCGUGCGUUAGCCAUAAAAAUGUUUUAUAAAAACAGUGAUCGUUUGACAGCUGCGCAGAGGGAGUUCCUACGUUUUCACAACUUGGGACGCCAUGGUGCUGUUCCAUCAAUAUAAACAAUGAAGAUGAAUUGCUAAGCAAGCUAUGGAUGUCCGAUCAAGCCCAUUUUGAUCUCACAGGUUACGUGAAUAAGUAGAACUACCGUUGCUGGGCAGAUACAAAUCCUAAUGAAGUUCAUGAGUGCCCUUUACACGCUAGCAAGGUGACAGUAUGGUCUGCUGUUUCAUUACAUGGCAUCAUCAGACCUUAUUUGUUUGAAAAUGAACAAGGGAUCUCAGUCACUGUCGCUGUGAAUCGUUACGUGUGGAUGUUACAAUUCUUCCUUACACCUGAACGGAACAAUUUUCCACACGUUCAAGAAACCUGGUUUCAGCAGAAUGGAGCAGCAUCACACACUGCACGCCAAACCAUUGGAGGCUGUGCGAGAAUUGUUCGGUAACCCUCUCAAGAUUCGGUAACUCUUCCCUGGUCCCCUAGAUUGUGGAGCUAUCUCAAGAGUAAAGUGUACACGACUCAACUCAGAAUGAGUUAAAACUGAGAAUUCAGGAUGAAAUUCACAAUAUCCCAGCUGAGAUGUUGUAGCGGUCGAUGAGGAAUCAGCCGAUUUCAAGAAUGCUGAUACAGGACGAUGCCAUCUACGGGACGUCAUUUUUAAAACAUGAACAUUCCAUCAUUGUUUCUUAAAUGGCACGUUUUAAGGUUUCAAUUACUUUGAAUAAAAUAUUUUUCUUCCAUCA